ACAAGGAGGAGAAAACUGGUCGGGAAUUACUUUAAGAAUGUCGAAGACGACUACUAUAAGAGAAGCUUUGAAGAAAUGGGAGGAGCAGAACCAAACGAGUGCUGCCGAAGCUUUGGAAGUCGAUUUGCAGUUUCAAUGGCUCCCAAUUGAAAAGAUGGACAAUAACCUGUCCCAGCUUGUCAAGUGCGAGAAAUUAUCUCUUUCGACAAACAUGAUAGAGAAAAUUAGCGGUCUGUCUGGCAUGAAGAACCUCAAAAUCCUCUCUUUAGGCAGAAACUAUAUAAAAUCUUUCACCGGCUUAGAAUGCCUCGGCGAAACGUUGGAACAGCUCUGGAUCUCGUACAACCUGAUCGACAAAAUGAAAGGAGCCGGUGCUUUGAAGAAGCUCAAAGUCCUCAACAUGAACAACAACCUCAUCAAAGAUUGGGCCGAAUUUCAAAAGCUCCAGGAAAACCUGGAACUCAAAGAAUUGUCGUUUAUAGGCAACCCGUUGUGUGAAGCGGUCGAAGAAGGAAUGUGGAGAAGCGAAGCAACGCGGAGGCUUCCCCAAUUGGAUAAACUGGACGGCGAACCUGUCAUUUGUGAAAUAAACGCGACACUUUAAAAUUUGUAAACUGCAUUAUAUUUAUUUUAUAAUAAAAAUAUUCUAUUUAUCAAGUAAAAACUGUUUCUUGUAAGAUC